UUUGAAAGGAGCUUCAUUGACCGUGAGUUGCUCAUCCAAAUUCUGAGUAACCAAAAUUUGAUUGAGAAAUUGGUAACGGACCAUGGACCGGCGACCAAACUGCAAACAAUACAAAAUCCAAGUUCAGCUGGGAUAAUGGACCGUUUAUCUGACCCACCAUCUGUUCAUGUCAGUAGGACAGAAGCCGGUGCACCUUCGUUGGCAGUUACUCCAAGUGUUCCCUUCUAUCCUCCAUUAAAUAGGGCGGGACCUGUUUCUAAUCCCCAACCUCCACCUGAGAUUGUUCCUGUUCCCUCCCCACGUGCAGGAGCUCAUGUGGCCAAGGACAUCAACUAUUAUAAGAGCUUGAUUCAGCAGCAUGGUGGAGAAAAACAAGAGAUCCUUCCCCAAUCUGGUGGCCGUCACAACCAGUUACUACCCAACCCAGAAUCAAUAAAUAACCCUAAACCAAGGGAUUUAAAACCCAAGAUAAUGAAACCUUGCAUCUAUUUCAACAAAUCAAGGGGAUGCAGGCACGGAGCCAACUGCUCAUAUCAGCACGAUGUGUCAUCGGCCCCACAGCAGGUCAGUGGCAUGCCAAAGAUAAACCUCUAG